GCUCCGCUUGCUUCGGGCGCUCAGUCAGGAAACUCGACUGCAUCGAAGCACUACAGAAGCAAAAUCACGAGCUGGCCAUUACGGUACCGUCGAUCCGUUAAGCGGAAUAGUGUGAGCCACCAAUUUGAACUAUCCGGGAUCUCUAAUUGGCCAGAAAAAAUAAGAGAACAGUCAGUCAAUCCUGUAUUGAAACCUAAUCGAGACUCGGUGGAGGCGAAGUUACUUGCGUGCGCGGUCUCAGUCUUCCGCACUCCCGUAUUUCCUUUUGUAGAUACUGACUUUUUAGUGUAUUUCUGGACCUGGAAGACUCAUGGAUCGGGGGAUCGGUUCGGAUUGAUCUCUCUAGAUCAUUACUGUGUUAAAUCUGCGAGUCUUCGCUGUAUAUAUUGUAUCUCGUAUGUCACCUGCGAAUGGUCUACUCGCGUAUUUCCCAGCAGAUAAUCGGCUGAGGGAAAAUCAUUCUCGUUACGGCCGCCUUGUUGUUAGCGACAAUGUGUCCAGGGUUUAGACGUUAACUUGCAUUUCCGCCCCCCGGAAAGGCCGUGGUGACAGUGAUGAGUGGUUGGUUAGUGGUGCUAGUAGCCGUGGACGGACGACUACAUGACUGUGACCGUGACUGUGCCGCGGAGGGCUGCUACGUGUUUCUACACCGUCGCGCUAAACAUGCCAGGUGUGCGGCACGUGCGCCCCAGUUAAAUGGUGGCUCCGUGGGGUGCUAGGAAAGCAUGAGGGAACGUACGCCCUCUGCGGACGACACCCCAAAGAGGGCCCCACCGGCACCACCCAGAGAGGCACCUCCGGUAGACGUGGCCGGAAGCCAGACGUCGACGGGCGCAUCCGUCCGACCGUUCCUGCAGAGCAGAAUGGUAGCUUCGAGUCACAGUCUUGAAGAGCUUGGGGUGACUCACCCUGCCAGCGCGAGCAGCGAGCGACAGCAGCAGGAGAAGCACGGGCAGCCGAGCAUAGCUUGUAAAUCGGCGCAAACGGCCCAGGAUAAGCGAAGCAGGUUGAGCAGCGUGAUCAAUAACCUGAGGAAGAAGGUGCCGGAGAAUAGGACGUCGGACACGAGGUCGGAGGAGGACGACAGAAAUAGCGUCGAGAGGAACCUGGAGACCCUUGAGAAAUACGUGAUGACAGUCCUAAAUGGAGUGAUCAAGGACGAGGAGGAGAAUCGGAUCGAGGGUCAUGACAGGACGAAGGAUCCUCUCGAGAAAGGAUCGUCCCAGGACGAAUCCAGGGACGUCCGUAAGGAUGACUCCAAGACUGACAUGACCUUCGAACCUUCUGAACCUUGUGAGAGUCAGAUGGAAGCUGCUGUACCGAUGGUCCAUGAUCUGGACCAGGCUGACAAGGAUGUCAAAAAAAUUCAAAAGGACGAUCCAGGCGACCUGGUCGUCUGUGAAAACCCGAAGGAUUCACAGGAAGCGACCCUGCUGGCCGAAGAUACCUUAAGCAAAGAUGAGGUCGUCGACCAUCUUGAGAAGAUCGUUUCCGGUACCAAGAGUCCAGCCGUCGCUGAGGCUUCGAACUCUAUGGGGAACCUUGAGGAUAUGGGUCCCAUUGAAAUUACCGAUGAUCAUCCGAAGGAGGAACGCGGCCCUGAGGGUUUUGAGCUCAGAACCAUUUGCAGAGAUCUGCUGAACGAUCUUCUUAACGAUAUCAAUCAAUUGAUCGACGAUAACGCAUCCGAGGAUGCGGAUGAUAACGAGAGUCUGGACAGUGUCUGCGAAGAUUCCUUCAUCGGUUCGGAACACUCUGAAUCCUCUAGAACGAGUCUGCAUUGUAGUUUACCUUUGGAGAAGGUAGCCUCGGUGCUGCAGAACUGCCAGUCCGACCAAUCGGCGUCCCUGAAGAGUCCGUCUUUCACGGCGAAACCACCAUCGCCAACCGUGCGACACUUAUGCCUUUACUGUGAUAGAAAAUUCUUGUCCAUAUCCUUACGGCAAAGACACACCGAGCGGGUCCAUCAGCUGGGCGGAGGUCGUAGGUCAGAAAGAAAUUUUCGAAAGCCAUCUCAAAAUUGUCAAUACUGUUCGGACAGGUGUGCGGACAGUCUCGAUGGAUUAUUUCAGCACAUGGUUGGUAGCCAUGGUGACAAGUAUCAUGCCUGUCUCCAGUGCAACACCAGAUAUUUAACGCGCGACGCUUUGACGACUCAUAUGAGUGACGUUCAUGGGUCGAUCACCGAGAGGAUCCUCCAGAUCGAUAAGAUCAAGGAGUUUUUAUCUUGCAAAGAGACAACGAAUCAGCAUCCACGUGAUAAGAGUGCUGAGAUCAAAGAACCAAUCGCGGCCAAGGAUGAGCCCGAGGCAAAGAGCGAUAACAACUCAAUAAAACAAAUUGGCAUCACCAUCCCGAGCGUUGCUAAUGCCGGCAAGGACAACCUGAGCAAUCCCGGAAGUCCUGAAUUCGACAGCUCUUUUUAUAGCAGCCUCAGCUGCAACAUCAGGGAGAACCUGCUUCAUCAUAUAGAUGGGAAACUUCAGGCCAGUGCUGCUGGUCCGGCUACACCGGAAGCUAAGCAGAGUCUGUACGAGCACAGUGUCAACCAAAUUCAAUUUCCAAUUGAUAUAUCGCUGACAGCAGCUACGCCUGUUUACAGCAAGGAAUAUCCUUCUGAGGAUUAUGAGAAUUCAAGCGAGUACGCUCAGAAACCAGGGAAAACGAGGACCCACCCGCGUCGCGUGUCCUUUGAGAAAUAUAAUUUUCCAAGGAAAUACGACGGCAGGGAACAGUGGACCUGUUCCAUUAAGGAUCUCAGUAAGUUCGAUAUAUCCACCCAGCUGUCGCUUAGGAAGAAGCAACAGCUUAUUAAGGAACGAUUAACCAUCAAUAGACUCAAUCAGAUCUCCUUGAUGAAUCCUUCGAAAACCGAAGUCGGACAAACGGACUUGGCUACUGCACAAAGCUCCCAAGUCGAUGGGAAUUCUACUUCUGAUGAUGGUAUCGGUGCUGAUCAGAUUGCUCGAUCGAAGAUCGAUAAGACUCAUUCGAUUAAUGGCGACGAACAGAUUGAUCAGCUGAAAUCAGAGUGCUCGGCUAAGUGUUCCACGGUUCCGUAUACUGGGUCAUCCGUGUCUUCUUCGACGUCCAAGCCCACCGAGUUCAGCCUCGAGUUUGGUAACUUCAUGCGGCUUAAGAAGUGGGAGGAUAAUGCCGCGGAGAGUAACAAGAGUCAAGACAUCGUCUAUGCUGAACUUACUGGGGAAUGGUCGCGACCCCGGAUUUACAUAUGCGGCGCAUGCGCGACAAGACAUGUAACUUUGAGGGAAAUGGAGGAUCAUAAGGCAUCUUCUCAUCCAAACGUCUGGUGUUCGCAUUUCGAAUUCUCUGGUGAUCAGCGUGAACUCUACAAGCAUCUGUUCCUACCGGGUCGCAGUGUCGCCACCGUGAAAGCACGCAAUGCUUUUCUCAGUGAGAAAGUCUGCACGAAGUGCGCAAAGAACUGCAACACCCUACCGGAAUUGCAUCGGCACAUGCUGGAGUGCGGCGGGGACCAGGCUUGGCUGCAGGGCCUUUUUGGAAAUGGAAAGAAGAAAUGCAAAUGGCGGCCGUUCGGUAGUCGCAGCAGGAGACGAAGACAACGCGGGAUGAAGAGGAAUAUUCAGAAUUCGCAAGCACCCAGAGUCAAUAUGCCCAAGGAGAGACCACCUAGUGGACCUAGAGUUCGACCUAGCGAUCGUGAAAGUAUUCAGAAGAUGUUGGCCAACCUGCCACCGAAGAGGGCCUCCAGGAAGGUCCUUCAGGACACGAUGACGCGGUCCCAGGGGACUUUGCGUAACUCACGUCUUUUGAGGAAGCGGCCCAAGUUACUACUCGAUAAGCACAAAGUGCAGACCAGGUCGAGGCCACGCUUGACCGUCGAAAAUUCCUCGGCGUCGGCGCUGUCGCGCAAUAAAGCAGCUUUGAAGAAUAAAUUAUUGAAAAAUGCAAAGUCCUUUCAGAGGAAUCGUUGCAGGGUCGAUAAUAUUGCCGCUGCGAUUGAGAGUGUCGUGAAGGACUAUAGUUCCGGGGAGGAGGAGAACGACGAUGAGGAUGUUGAGGAGGAGGCCGAUGACGAGGACGAGGUCUUGGUGAACACCGCCAGGGAGAAGAGUGGUCCAAGGAGUCAGGCUAGACAAAGUAGAUCCAGAGUGAGAGGCGUGAGAGUGCUGAGCAAGAAGAGGAAUGUCAGGACGAAGGAGAUCAUGAGGAACGUAGAGAAUUCCAAGACCCGCGAGACCAGAGUAAAGAGUAGGCUAGGAGGUAAGAGUGUAGCGAAUGGUAGAACGAGUGUUUCCGGUGAAAGUGCAAGUGUUUCCGGGACGGGUACACCCGCCAAGACAAAUUCAAAGAGUGUGAAAGCUUCCGGGAAGAGUGAUAAAAGUUUAGAAAAUAAAUUAGUUACAGUGGACAAUGUCGAGGGUGGUCAGAACGUCAGGAACGAGAGUUUGACGUCGACGUCGAGGAGGAAGAAGUCUGUGGAUCCUACGGCGUCCUUGAACGCCUCGAUCAAAGCGAAGUCACAGCUGAGGACGCACGACGGAAAAUUCGCGAGGAAUCCGAAUAAAAAGAGUGUAAAUCAUGUUAAGAAAGCCAGAGACACUUCGACGAAUCAAAUAAUUAUGCGGCCUCGUCGUAACGCUGCUGGUAAAUUGUUGACAAGGUCACAGCUCAAGGCGGCUGGAGGGGCCAAGAGAACUUCGAGAAGGACGACCAGGUUGUCUUCGGACAGUGACAAAAUGCCGACUCUGGAGCCAGUUGCUGAUCCAGAAUCAACCGAGGAGGACGCUGAAGAAUCGGGCAAUGAAUUGCCAAUUCUUACUCCGGCUGCGAGUGUUCCCGACGAGAGGAACUUGGCUCCCUCUAGAUCGAGUGUUUCCUCAAGGAGUGAUUCUGGGAAGAAAGGCGUCCGUUAUCAGAGUAAACAUAGAAAGGAAAUGGAUUCCGACGAGGUCAUCAGGAAGAAUGUGGCUGACCUGGCGGUGACAAAGAGCAAACCGCAGCGACGGGACGGGGGACGGAAGUCGGGUAGAGGUCGCUGGAAGAAAAGGAUACCGAUGAUUCGGAAGGAUUCUAAGGACAUCGACCUGAAGGAAGUUUCCAAAGGGGAGGACAAUGAGGACGAUAUGUCAUUGACGGAUUGUUCAAGCGAGGGGACCAGGCAAGUUGGUACGAGAAAUAGAAAGAACCUAACUGUUGGGAAACCGAUUACUGAACACGAAUAUUUAUUGGAACGACGGAGAUCCUCCAAGGAAUCAAAGACUAACGACCGGAGUCUGGAAGUUCCUAAGAGGAAUGUUAGGGAUGAAAUAAGAGUUCCCAGAACUAGACAGGAUCGACGAACAGAGUCACCGGAUAAUUCCAUUAGACUUCUUGAUGUUUCACCGGAAGUUCGAAGACUACUGGAUCCUGCUGUAAAAGAAGAUCUUCUGGCAAAGUUAGGACUGAAUUCUAAAGACAUGCAAACAAAAAGAAGCCUCAGGACUGGUCAAAAGUCUAGAAUGACUCCAACAAGGAUCAAAGGACAGAAGAAUUCUGUUCCUGAUGAGAGUGUCAUAGAUUCGGAUUCUGAGAAGAGUUCAGACCCCACGAAGACAGCGCAGCGCAAGACAGAGAAGUUUCAGGUCCUGAGAAAAUCGCCAAGGAACAUGGACAGGAAGACUCCAGGAAUUGAUAGAGAGACUCCAAAGCCUGAUGUUCCUGAAGAGAAUGAAUCCUUGGAGGUUGCAACAAAGGAUCAGAAUUCGCUGGCAUUCGUAAAGGAUACAUCCGAAAGAGUCUCUGAUGAGGAUCAGGAAGUUCUUCGUACCAAGCUAAACGAUAGUGAUGAUUUGAGUUCAAUGACCAAGAGCGCGUUGAAACUCGACGAACAAUUAAAUUCAGACACGAUACAAGAAACGAAGCUCCAAAAAUGUUUACCUGACCGAACAGAGGUGCCUAAUCCAAAGUCUCCAAAGAGAAGUAGCUCCCUGGGCAAGCGAAGAGGCCGUAUUAAAUCCACUGCCUUAGAAUCCGACGACCUCACCGAUAACUCUAUGACUCAGGAGGAUUCCUUGGAAGCGGACGCGGAGGACGACCAGUCUACCUCGUCCCUAAUCAAUGACGAGCAUCAAGAAACAGACUCCAAAGAUGUGAACGUGGUUGAGUCGCUUAAGCUGGUAACGGCAGAUCUGGUGAACAUCAGUUUGGAGCAUCUGCAGCAGGAAUCCAGUAACUCGAACGUGGACAGCGGCAAGGAAAAUUCAUCGGAGACUCCAGUGAACAUUCCCAAAGUGAAGACGGUACGUCCGAAAAAGACAAAAGGUGCGAGGAGAGAUCGAGUCGUGAAAAGGACACUGAGUAACGUAAUCGGGAUUCUGACCGAGGGUGUAAAUAUUCCAGUGGAAGCUCAGCAGAGCGUCGUGCUGACUGUGCAGACUUCUCUAGACAGCAACAAUCCUGAAGCAGUUCAAAGUAGCGAUGAACAGGCUAAUGAGAGGAACGUCGUCCCGGGUGGACCUUUGAAUCCUGACCGAGGAGAUAAAACCAAUGGAAAUAGUGAUAUAGGUUUAGAUGUGACUGCCGGUAGUGGUGCUAGCAGUGCCAGUAGUGCCAGUGAAACUGUCACGAACAUUGAGAAUGAAGUCAAGCAGGAGUCAGUGUCUUCCUCGGGAGUGAAUAGUGAAACGGAUAUCUCAUUGUCAGUUCAGUUCACUAGUGCAAGUUCACUGGAUCCUCAGGACAACGUGGAUCCUCAUAAGGAUAAGGUCGAGGAGACGUCGACCGAUCAUCCUGCCAAUGACAUCAUUCUGGACCUUUCUCGUAGGAAACCAAAAGGUAAGGGAUCCUUCCUUGAGAAAAUCGUCUCGAAGAUUGCUAAGCAGAAGGAUGUUCUUCUUGAGGGUGAGGUUGGCUCGCUUUUGGACAGUGCCGCCGAUGAGUUAACCUCUAUCCUCGACGAGGUCGGUCCUGCUUUGACGGAAAUUUCAAAUGCGAACGUUCACGAGUUUGACUUUGACAAAAAUGAAGAAGGCCACGAAGACAUUUCUACGGUUACCAUGUGUACUGAUCAGGAUGUUGCUGAGAAGGAAUUCUCUGAAAAUGAAUGCUUAAUUUCAAGUGUUGAUAAUUGUGAGGUCGCUAGUUCAACCUCGUUUAUAAUGGAUGUUACAAUGAAGGAGGAUAUUGCUAAGGACGAUACUAAAGAAUCUAAGGAGGAGGAUCUUUUGGAAAAGGCAAAAAGAAAAUCGAAAAAACGUUCAUUGGAGAUAAAUUCUCCUACAAAAAAUAAAAGAAAAUCCGUGGAAGAGGAAGUGGAGGAGGAAUUCAAUGAAGAGGAGGAACUGUGUCUUGCUGACAUUAUGAAGCUCAUACAAAAACCGAAAGAGUCUGAAAACAUGAUGGAAGAUGCUGAGGGUAAUCAAGAUGGGGAUGACUAUACUAAUGAAAAGGUUAGACCAGGGAAAAGAAAAGCUUUGGAGGAUGACGAAGAAGAGGAAAUCGUUGUUGAAAAUGCAGCAACUAAUAACCUUCCAAUAAAUAUCAUUGAAAUGAACAGUUCUCUUUCAGAAUAUGAAGCUGUUGAGGAAACAAAGAAAUCCAGGAACCGGAAGUCCAGCAGGAGAAAGUCUCUCACUGAGGAACAGCAACCCGUCCUCGUCCCGGAAGAAACUGAAGAUCCUAAAGUUGAUAUAGAGAAGAAAAGUGGGAAAUCUGAUGAAGAAAUUCAGGGGCUAUCUCCAUCGAAAAUCAGCGGUAAAAGAAAAUCGAUUACUGAUGAGGAUAUUAAAAGUGAUUCGGAAAACAUUGAAGAACCAAUGACGUCUUGUGAUUCUUCCACAAAAAGAUUAUCUAAGAGAAGAUCAGUUCUCGGCGACAGUGUGGGUGUAGGUACUGAAGGAGAAAAAUUAAAAGGCGAGAGUCAAAAAUUGUUGUACGAUAAGAUUGUAGAGUAUGAAUCUAAAAUAUCUGCUGAAAAUAUUUUCAAAAUGGUAGAACCUUCAAAAUCCAAAGACAAUGAAAUGUCGUUGGAUAUAAAUGUAAUGGAAACUAUAGAUGUACCUGAUGGACAAAUAUCUUCACUAACUUGUUUACUCGAAUCAUCAAAAUUCAUCAGUCAGUCUCUUGACGAACAAAAAAAUGUAAGUGUCGAGUGGGAAGAGAGAAAAAAUAGUCAAGACAAUUUUGAUAUAGGAGAUUUGGAAAACACAAAAAUUCUGGAAUUGCAAUCAACUUUGUUAAAUUUUGAAAAAUCAACAAAACGUAAUUCCAAACGGAAGUCUCUCGCGGACGAGCAUCUAGAGCUGCCAGAUUCACCUGGUGAGAAUAAAAUUCUCGAAUCGCCAAAAAAGCCUUUUGGUGAUUCGCCGGAAGAUGCAAAAGUUACUGAAGAAUUCAAUUCGCCAUUAAAGAAGAAAAUUUUUAACAGAAAGUCCGAGGCGGAUGAUACUCCUCAGGAAGACGUUUCCAUACCAUCGUGCACCUUGAAGACUCAGAAACAGUCAGAAUUAACAACCGGAUCUCUCGAACCGUUCAAGGUACCGGAAGUCAGCGAAGUCUUGCAACAUACAAAAAAGCGUUCCUCAAAACGAAAAACAGUAACUGACGUACAUCUGAAUUUUUCUGAAGAUCAGCCACCCUCCGAAUCUCGAUAUUCACCGCUGACAGUGUCACACGUGGCUGUGGAAAAUUCGAAUAACCAGGAAGAAAUGGAAAUUGUAAAAAAUUUAAACGACAAGGAACAAAGCAUGAAAAUUACGGAAAAGGACAACGAGGACAUUUUAAAAGAACCGGAAGUCUUCAAGCUGCCAGAUGUAACUUCGUCGAACAGACGAAGAUCUUUCAAACGAAAAAAUGCAGGAUGUAACCCUUCGGAGUCCCCUGAAGAUCUCAGUCAUCAAGAUCAAAGCCCGGUCAGAGUGGCAGAUCAGACAGAUAAUCCUCACAGCAGCGAAGCAGGAUAUUCUAUGAGGAAACGAUCAUCUAAACGGAAGUACCUGAUAGAUGAUCUUGAAGAUUUUCCAGAUGACAUCUAUACAGAUAAUCCAAGAAUGGAUAUUAAUUCUAUUGAUGCAGAGAAAAAUAGCUGCUUUGAACGACGACAGACUCCCAAAAGAAAAGCAAAGAAGAAUAUUCCAUUGAUCGACGAACAUUUGGAUCUGUGUGAUGAUCUUGAUAUUCCUGAUGAUUUGAGGAGUGAGGAAAUAUAUCAAGAGCAAACGAUAAGAACGGUAAAAGUUGAUAACUCUAACAAGAGUGAAAAAUUGAACAAUUCCGAAGACAGUUUGAAUUCCAAUACGGAAAAGUCAUCGAGUGAAGUUGUUGAUGAUGAUAAUGAAAGUUGUCCAGUCUCUAGUGAAAGUAAUACUGAAAUUCCAGAUACCGAAGAUCCAACCAAGGAGGAGUUUCAGACACCUAAAAAACGCGGUUCCGGUAACUUUGCCAUCGUUCAUACAAAAUCCGGGGAAAUUCUUAUCGUUGAGAAAAAGAAGAAACUUACGAAGGAAGCACCGAAAUUCUUUUGCGACGUUUGCGCGACAAGUUUCACGCGUAAAAGUUCCCUGAAGAAGCACAAUCUCUCGCAAUCCCACCUGGUCCAAAUGGGUAUGGCUGGUAAGGAUCAAGAUAAAGAUAACGUAGACCUCAACGACGACGAUUCGGUGAACACUUCAGGAUUUCCUGGUGAUUCGUUGGACGAGAACGAUAGUAGCAAGAGUAGUGAUGCAGAAAUGGCUACGGAAAAUUCCAACGACGAGGAGGAGCUGAAUGAACUUGAUAAGAUUUCAGAUAAAUUCACAAGGGACAUUUUGACGUCUUUAGAAUCUCAAGAUUUGGGUGAUCCGCCAAAGAUUUCCUUGACCCCACAGAUGUCCGAGGAAGAAGCGCUCGAGGAGGAACUUUUGGAUGAGGAAAUUUGUAAAAUAACUGAAAAUAUGAGUCAUGACGAAUACGUAUUAACUGAUCAUAUUAGUCCAGUCUUACCUGAAGCUUCUUCCACUCCUGUUACUGUUUCCUUGAAGAAGGCACAGGACAAGACAAAGAAAUCUAAGAAGGAUCAAGAGAAGAAGAGAAAUUUGGCUAAAGAACACUUAGACCUUGAUUCACCGACGCCGAUUAAUCAUUCGAAUAUUUCUCCAGGAUCCUUUAAGGACAUUGAAUUCAUAAAGAAAAUGCCUGAUGAUAAGAUAGUAGAAUCUGAUACGUCCCAAGAUAAGAGUACAUUAGAGCCAUCAGAAAUAAAGUUCUCCAAAAAGGAGACUCAAAAUUUGGAAAAGCAUGACUCCACGAAAAACCAUAUGGAAUCAAGCUUGAAAAAAUUGGACGAAGAAAAAUCUGAAGAAUACACAAAAGGCUCUAUAAAGAUUCAAGAAACUUUACGGAAAGGUACGAAAAUCUCCGAUUUUAAAAAUAUUGAACUUCACUCAGAUGAAAAGUUGGAGCAAAAAUCCAAAACGAAUUUCAGUGAUGUAUCAUUGUCAAUUUUUUCAGAGUCGAAUCUCAAAAUUCAACAAGAGAAGGAGGGUUCGUUUCAAGAAUCACCAGCAGAUGACUCCACUUUUGAAGAUCCGAUGAAGAAGUGUGCCAGCGUAUUCCAGGACUCCAGGAAGAUAGUGGAGCAAGAAGGUUCCUCGUCCUCGAGUUUCGCCGACAAGCCUUUGGCGGAAUUCUUGACGAAGAACGUCGAGAAGUCGGACAGGAGAAGUUCGCGCAAAGGAACGGAAUCCGAGUUGAACUUCUCGAACAUCGCCGUGAAGUUACGUGCCCAGGAAACUUCAACGACGGGGACGUUGACGGGUACAACGCUGGAGAUGAACAAUUCCUUCGCGACGGAAUUCGAUAGCGAUGAGAUGUCAAUGGACACGAGCAUGUCGGUCGACAUACAAAAGCUUCUUAACGAUCCUGAACUUGAAACAGACGAUAAACAGAUAACUUCACAGGAUAAUGUAGAAAUGAAGUUAGCUACGAAUCCUCGAGAUUCUUCGAAGAGUGACUGCAGCCACGAAAAAUCUUUUAACUCGAAGAGGACAAAAAGCAACAUCACUACUCCGUGUAGCACGGAUGCAGACACAUCCGACAAUGAUUCCUAUAUUGGAAAUAAAAAAUCUAGGUCCCAGGAAAACAAGGCAAAUGGCAGGAAAGCGUCAAAAAUUCAAAAGACUUUGAGAGAAAGCAAUAGGAAGAACAGAAUGGUCAAAACAAAAUCAAGAAGACAGUAUUCAAGUAUUCUGACUGAAGAUUCGAGUGACAGUGAUGAGGUCGAUGAGGACAGAAUCGAAUCGAGAAAUAAAAAUAAAAUAGUGAAGAGUGUCUUCGGUAGGGUCUUCGCAGGUGAAAAGGUGGAUAAGGUGAAGGAGGUCUUGGAUGAUUGGGACUCGAGAUCAGAGCUGGAGGAUUUUCAGGAUAAAGGAUCGGAUAUUGUCUGUGCAGGGGAUGAGAAUGAGAAUGCGAAUGAGAAUGCUACUGUAGCUUUCAUAUUGACACCGGAAGUUGAAUCAAAGAUCACGAGUAGUGGCAAUAGAGUAAAUAAAGCUAGAUCGUGUACAGUGUCUGAUAUGGAUUCAGCAUCGGGCAAGAGAAGCUCUCUUGAGAAUAACAAGAGAAAUAGAUCCAGGAAUGCAAGAGAGAGGAGGGACAGUUCUUUAUCCGAGGACAGAAGUAGAAACAAUUCCUCGAGUAGAGCAGCAGCGAAGUCUCGACUGUCUUCAGAUAAUCAAAAGAGACAGGAAGUUCAAAGUAAUUUAUCGAUUAGUUCAGCCGACGUGGUACUGCCGAGUUCAAGAUGUCGACAGAGCAAGAAGAGAGCCGAGGAAAGAAUCUCGCGGGCUUUUGAGGAGGAAUCGACAGAAUUUAGAAGAUCCAGUGAUUGCGAGAGAUCUGGAAGAUCCAGAGAUCUUUCUUACGGGUUAAGAAAUCAAACGAAAUUAUCAUCCACUCCUUCGAAGGAGUCCAUGGAUUCUCGUUCAGUUAGAGACGAGGAGCAGGACAGUCUUGAUCUUUUGGAAUCUUCGGAUCCGGAAACGGAAGUCACGUUGAAGAGUGUUGCCAAAGGGAGAAUAUCGUCGAUGAAGAAGACGAAGAAAAAAGAUAACAAGGACUGGGAGGAUUUCACAGAGGAAAAGCAGCAGGUGGCUUCUACGCCGUUAGAAAAAAUAUUAGGCCGUAAAAAUCUGAACAGUGAUUCCGAGGAUAAUAUAACCAAACCUUUCCAAAAAGCGGUAGAGUUGAAGUCUCGAGAUUUUAUCGUCAGGUCACCGAGAUCACCCAGGUCACCAGCUCAGAGCAGCCUUGCGCCAAGCAGUAUAAGAAAUCGUUCACCGACACCAGAUAGAAAUUCACAAUCGUCCCAGGAAGAAGAUCACGAGGACGAGGAGGACAUAACUCGCUGUAGAAUUUCACCACUCUUCGUGCUCACCAGCCCUGAAACAUCAAUGGACAGUGCAUCGAAUUGCAACGAGAUACCAGUCAACCAGGAAGUCAGUAUCUCAAGGAAGCGCAGCACGAGUGAAUUCUCCGGCGACAAAGUCGUGAUCAGAUCGCCCUUGUCGAACAAUGAAAACACACCGGAAGUAGUAACGAUAGCCCCAACGGAUGCGGUCGAGGACAACGCCCUGGACGUUCCCCAGGAGACGCUACCUCAGAAAUCACGGCAAGGAAAAGUUUUGAAUUUCGAUGAAGAACUCUUUGUAGAAUGUUGCUCGAGGCUGAAAGCAACGACUGAGAACGAAUUACGAGGCGCCAAGAAGAUCAAGCUAGAUCAUUCGGAUGGCUUCCACAAGAAAGAGGAUCCAUCAGCAUUCAGAUCAAGUAGAGAUCGUUGGCGUGACGUGGAGAGUCAGAACAGUCUUGGAAGUCUUCUGGAAUCUGUGAAUCAGUUACUCGGCGAGGAGAUAUACAACACGAGAGAAAAGGAAUACACGAAGCGCGCGAGAACGUUGAGAAGUGAGAAUUCAAGUAGAUCAGUAAGUCCCGAUGCAGAAAUUUCGAGACCCGACAACCUCGGCUACGAGGACAGCCUGGACGUCGCCUUCGAGCACAACAAUAAGCUACGUGACAAGAUACAGCAGCGGAUGCGUGAGAGUGAAGAUCUGAUAGCCAGUACUUUUGGGCAGAGAAAUAGCGAAAGCGAGUUACCACGUAAAAGGGCAGAGGAGCAGGAUCACGAAGACGGUGGUACUUAUGGAAACACUGAAGAACGUAGGGACGUAUCGAAUCUCAUUACCAAAGAGGAAUAUCUGAGAGAGCGUUGCGACGAUAGAGCAGAGUCAGCCAAUCUGAACGAUCAGAACGUCAAAGACAUCCCUCUGGACUCAUCUGGCUUCAAGAAUAAGAUGAACUCCGCACUAGGAGGUCUUCUUGACAAGGCCCUCUCGAAUUUACUUCACAGCAACGGGAAACACGAUCACAAUGGUUCAACGCCGAUGAAGGUCCUGGCUGAACUUGCGUGCGCUCGAGCACCAACAUCCACCAGUGCAGAAUCCCUACAGGAUACCAGGAAACUCUCGUACAAUGCACGAGGCUCGGUCCUUGAUCCUCCCCUAAAUGCAUUGAAGGAUCCACUGGUGAAGAAGAUACGAAAUCCCAUCAAGGAACUGUUCGAACGGAAAAAGGAGAUUAACGAGAGGAAGUAUAAUGAGAAAAGCAAAGCGGAGGCUGCCCUGAAGGAACUGAAUGCGCAGAGACAGCGGAAGACCAAGAAGACACGUAGACGACAGGAAUUUCCAUUGGUUCGCAAAGGACCUCAUGGCGGUUUAGUCGAGAGAAAGAAGCGUCGAGAUAUUUUCAGUAAGAAAGACCAUUCGAUAGGCGAUGAAAAGAUCAAGGAUGUUUAUGAUUUUGACGAAGAAGAAAGUCAAAUGGAAACUGGAUUUGGUAACGUAAUGCCUUAUAGAAGUAAAAUUGAAAAGAGUUACGAGAUCAGCUGUCUAAGGACGAAGGACGUGGACGUGGCGGGAUUGAUGUCGAAGGCCAUCGACGAGACUUUGGAAAACGGGGUGGAAGGUGAUGUUCUGGGUAGACGAUUGGAGUCUAUGAUAGAUAAGAAGUUUAAAGAAAUGGAGAAAUUUGCACCGAAAACAAAGGGUGCAUUGAAGUCCUUCCAGGCUGAUGUCAAACAGGACGUCACAGGACCAAUGGAUGAUUAUGUAGAGCGAAACAAGCAACGCCAAAAGAAGUCUAAUGAGCAGACAGUGAAACAGAUGAAGAUACGAAAAAAGAAUAAAAGUCCAAAGAAGAAAUCAAGGAAUGCUUGGUACGAGAAUGAUAGUUCGGAUGAGUUCAGGACAGCUGCCAAGGCCGCGGAUGUUGGUGUAGGUAUCACUAAGAGUCAAAGAACUUGCUCCAAGGGAAAGCAAAAUUUGUUUGCUGAAUUAUCAACUUCGUCUGAAAGUGAAUACGAGGAGAAUGACAUGGACUAUGAAACCAAGAAAAGGCAGAUUGGAAGGACGGCAAAGAAGAUUGUUGAGGAUCCUGUGGAAAAUGCUGAUGAGCAAUUUGAUGAGAACAAAGCUUUGAUCGAUACUGAGGAAAAUAAUGAAACGGAAGCGGCCGACUUGGAUCAAAAUCGUUGCGAUUUUUCAAUGGCUUCCGAAAAGAUGAGGACUGACUCGGAAACGAAGAAAUCAGAAUCAGAAAUGUCUGAGCAUCCGUUAGUGAUUGAUGAGAGGAAAGAAAGUGACGAACAAAGAAACAGUGACGAUGACGUUGAUACACCGUAUGAUGGAUCAUUCGAGCUUGAUGAUUUAUAUAGAGAAGAUAGUUCCGUUUCCGAAUCAGAUAACGAACAACCCAAUAAAUUGGAGCAGAACGACCAAGGCAAUCAAUCAGAAAAAGAUUUGGCUUUCCAAGAUAAAUCCAAUAGUGAAACGAUUUGUGAAAACAAGUAUCUGAAGGAGAACGAAUUAAUUCCUCUGGAAGAGGCACUGGAUCUUUUAGAUCGUUCAGAGGAUCUCAAGACCAUUUCAGAAAAGCCUUCAGAGAAGAUGAUAAUGGAUUCUCAACUCCAAGAAACAAAAUCAGGUACUAAUCUACUCGAAGAAACAUCUGAACCCAUCGAAGAAUCACAGAUGAAUGAGAAUGACGAAGAAGAGGAAGUUGAACACCACGAAGAGGAGCUCAUUGAUUUACCAGAGAAAUUAUCGACUAAUGAAAAACCAGAAAAAGAAUCUGAAAAUCUUCCACUUCACGUGUUUCUGAGUAGGAAGGUUCAAGAAUCAAAAAAGAGAAAACAACAGCAACUGAGGAAGCUUCAGGAAGAGCAGGAGAGAAUUCUUAUGGAUUUCCAACCAACCAGGAGACAGAGAAAAUGUGCCAUCGGCAAACAGGGUCUCUUAGCUGAGAUCAGCAGCUCUGACGAGGAAUCAUACUCCAGGGAGACAUACAGAAAGUUCACUGAGAAGAGUGAACAAGACAGAUCACGAAAACCCAAACGUGAAUCAAAGGAGAAGCGUAAGGAGAGAUAUAUGGAGAAGAAGCACGAGCAAAUGAUAGCCAAAGAACAAAAGGCCAUCGAAGAGGAGAUUCUACGAGAAGUUGAAAAGAAGAAAGAGACUUUUCCAAAGGAUAACCUUGAUUCUGACAAAGAUACCUCAUGUCGAGAUGAAUCUCUGAAUAGAAAGGAUCAGGAAGAGUACAAACAAAGUCAGACAACAAAAAGUAAAAUAAACCACAGGAAGAGACAAAUCAAACAGAAGCAAAAAAGACCAAAUGAAGAAUCUCAGGAUAACGAUCAAAAGGAUCCAGUUGAACAUUUCGGCGAACUAAACACCAACUGUGAUAAAGUUAACGCAGAAAUCGAUUUCGAUUAUACAAAGCAGAAGAAACAAACAAGAUCACCAGCCAAAUCUCGAAAGACCACGAAAUCUGAUGGCAAGCCUGCAAAUGGCAGCAGAAAAAGUAGAAAUUCAAAUAGCGAUCGUUCAAAAAACAGAUCAAUAUCUGCCCAUAGUAAAGAUCCAAAAGAUCGACGUCCCUCCAGUGCCAAGUGGGGUUCUGAUGAUGAAGAAUUAAGGACGACUAAAUCCUGGAACAAAGUCGAGGAAGGUGUGGGAGUGGCGAUUGGUCGUCGAAAAAGAGCAGCAGCCAAUCAGCUUUAUUACUGGUCGAGUUCGAGCGACGAAGAAGAGCCAAUAGAAACGGCGCCAACGGUCGAGGAAGAAGACGACCGUCAGGAACAGCACGGCUGGAUAGUCGGUGAUUCUCAUAAGAGAAUGAUAACGAUGUUAGCAAUGGAAAAGCAGCUAAAAGAAAAACGUAGAAGAAGCGAGGAUGAAUUCGAAUCUGGAAAGGCAAAAAAUAAGAAGCACAGAAACAGCACAUCUUGAUACGUGUUUCACGAUUAGACUAUCGAUACUUAGAUGAUUUUUUCUUGUUAUUCUUUUCCUUUUUUUUCAACUCACUGCUGUUAAUAUUAUUUUCAUUACUCGCAUUAAAUAAUCGCAACGCGACAAAAUUCACUGUUAGUACUACGAGUAUGAUCGUGUCUCUGUUUAUCUACAAUAUAUGUAAUGAGUAAAACACAUCCAUCCUUGUAGUACUAACAGCGAAUUCAUGAACUUACCCAUAGACAGUCAGCCUAGUUUGUCAUUAAGUCAUUAAUUUUUCGAUUUUGAACCAUAAUGAAACUAACCAACAGAUCCACAAACUGCCAAGAGACUUCGAAUGUUUUACUAAUCGUUUCUGCAAUGAGAGCCUAUAGGGAGUGCAUUUUUUCGCGAGUUAAAUAAAUUUCAAAAAGGGCUCCGUGAAAAAUUAGAACAUUUUUAAGAUAUACCUAAGUAGAUGUAAUAACGUUAAGAGUUAAGAAAGUUGUAAGAAAAAGUCGCCUUGUACAUAGCCGCUUGGCGUUAUGAUAGUUAGGUAUACAAAGAUAUAAAUACAAAUAAAUAUACAUAUAUACAUAUUAUAUAGAAUAUAUGUAUCUAUAUGUAUAGAUAUACUUAGCGUCCACUCAUCCCUUUCCACAAGAAUGUAAUUAUAAGUUCGUAUUCAACAAUGCAAAGGUGUAACGUUUUAGACUGAAUGUACGAAAAUAUUAGAAGCGAUAGGAGCACGUGGAACGGUGAGCACUUUUAGACAAUACUAGGUGAAAUUUUUGAACGUUUAUUUCCUAAUUAGGCUUUAGAGUGAAAUUGAGGAAACACGCAUGCACGAUAAAAUGUGAAAAUGUGUGUAAAAAGAUGUUUUCUUCUGACGGACAAUGUAACGGGGGUCCAAAUCAUGAAAUAACGCUUUUUGCCGGCUUUUCGUAAACUCUCACAUAUCGUAGGAAUUCUAAUAAAAGUGAAAAACUUAAUUCGGAAAGUACGUUAAGUGUAAUUCAAAUACUGGCGCUGUGGCCGCUUGUAAAGGAAGCUUAUCCUAGCCGGUGCCAACGCAUUAAUGAAGAAGAAAUACGGGCGCUGGGGGGUCGCUUCACGUUAUUCAAACGCUGAUGUGAAACUUUAAUUUCCUAAUUACGUUAUUUCACGUUCAAAUUGAUAGAUCUCAUGUUAUGGCAUAGGGCGCCCGCGAUGUAAAGCUAUUGUAGUUAAAAUAGAAAUUAAUUUUUUUUUCUUUCGUUUCGUUUUUGAUAUGCCUAGCGGGUGCACAUAAUAAUAACGAAGUAUAAAUUUUUUUUUUUUCAUAUGGAUUACGAAAGAAUUCUAUGUAUUACGAUGAAUGAUAAUAGACUUUAUUGUAAAUGUACUGCCAUAAUCAUAUAAUUAUAUUACGAGAGCCUACGAGAAUAGUUAUAGAUAUUAUUCCUGUAAAGAUUAAAGAAGAAAAAUUGAGGAUGUUGGCACAAAAAUACUAGGUACAUUCAAUGUAAAUAGAGCAUAUUUUCAAUGUGUCUGAAAAAAAGUAUGUUUUGUAAUAUAAGCAUUGCAAAAGAAAAUAAAACUAUUAAACAAAAUUA